GAUGAAUGAUCGCCGCCGCUCUCCUCGCCUCCUUCCCUCCCUCCCGCUUCUUCCACCCUCUCCUCCCUUUCUCUCUCCUCCCUCCGUCCUCUAAACCCUAACCAAACCCCGCUCCGUGGCGUGCUCCCGAGUCCCCUGGCGCUUGGACGCCACCACCAGUCCACCACCUUCUACUCCCACUCCACCAAUGGAGCACGCGCUCUGCUCCCCCGCCGCCGCGCCCGGCGCGUCCCUCACCACUGCGGCGCCUCCGAAGGACCUCGCGCUGCUCCCUCCCCCACCCCCGCCCCCGCUGGGAUCGUUGCGUCCUCAGCGCCUCGAGGGCUUCGUCGCGCGGCCUGCCGAGAGGACGCGGCGGACGAGGGUUGGCAGCCCCGGCGCCGGUGGGGACCGCGGCCAUCAGCGCCGCUCGAUGCCGCCACUCCAUCUACCUCACCCACCCCCGCUCGGAUCGUCGCGCCCCGAGCUGGACGACGUGGUCCGCCUCCAGAGGGACCGCGACCGCGACCGCGACGCGCCGCGUCGAGGGAACGCAAGGAGGAGCGGCAGCAGCUCCGGAGCGGGAGGGGACCGGCGUCAGCGCCGCUCGACGACGCGGAGGUCACUGUCGCCGCCGCUCCCCGUACCUCCACCUCCCCCUCCCCUGCUCGGAUCAACGCGCCCCGAGCUAGCCGCUCUGGUCCGCCGCGAGAACGACCACGACGCGCCGCGUCGAGGGAGUGCAAGGAGGAGCGGCAGCCCCGGAGCGGUUGCGGACCGGCGCCCGCGCCGCUCGACGACGCGGAGGUCACCGUCGCCGCUGCUCCCGCUACCUCCACCUCCCACUCCCCCGCUUGGAUCAUCAUCGCGCCCCGAGGUGGCUGCCGUGGUCCGCGUCGACAGCGACCACGACGCGCGGCGUGGAGGGAGCAGGAAAAGGGGAAACGGCAGCCCCAGGAAGGGAGCGGAAGGAGGCCGCCGCCGGGAGAGGGGCUCCCCGCCACCGAGGUCGCCGUCGCCCGCGCCACGCAAACGGUCUCGCCGCGGGAGCCCCCGGAACGAGUGCGGGCGAAAUGAAGGCAGGGGCAACCAUGCCUGCAGUCGUUUUUGCUCUCCAGAUAGGCCUUAUUCAGGAUAUGGUGCUGCCACCAUUGGUCAAGAUACAACUGGAAGGUUAGGAUUAAUGACAUACAAACAAUUUAUCCAAGUUCUUGAGGAUGAUGUUUCACCAGCUCAAGCUGGAUGCAGGUACCAAGAAUACAGGACAGAAUACAUAAGUACUCAGAAACGUGCUUAUUUUGAUCUCAAUAAGAAUGAAGAUUGGCUGAAAGACAUGUACCACCCAACAAAAUUGUUAUCAGUUAUCAGAAGGAGGAAUGAUUUUUGCAAGACUGUAGCGAGGAAUUUGAUCCUUGACCUGCGGAAUGGAACUUUGGACCUUGGUCCUGGAGUGACUGCUCAUGCAGCAAUUAAAUCAGGAAAAGGCAACGAUGGAAGAUCUCAGGAUAAUGCAGAUUAUGGUGAAAAGAAAAGAAAACAUGGAAGAGGCCCCCAGAAAGAGAUCGAACCGCUUUCAGCUGCUCCUAAAGCUCAUCCAAUCAGUUCACAGCAUCGAAGGAUUCACACCGACAUACACCGAACUCUUGCUUUGGUGAAAAAACUUGAUUCAGAGAAGGGUAUUAUGGAAAACAUUCUGUUAACUGGUGAUCAUGGCAAGUCAAAUGUUGAUAAAUCAUGUGGUAGGUCCAAAACGCCUGUAGCUAUUAUCCGGGGUUUCAAUACUGUUAAGGGCCUUGAAGGUGUUGAGCUCCUAGACACUCUCCUUACUUAUCUGUGGCGUGUCCAUGGUGUUGAUUACUAUGGCAUGUCUGAGAUGAAACAUGCAAAAGGUUUUCGCCAUGUGAGAGCUGAAAACAAGAGCGACAGUAUGGCUGAAUACAUCAGUGCUGCUGAUUGGGAGAAGAAACUGGAUUCCUUUUGGGAAGAAAGACUGAUGAAUGGUGAGGAUCCCCUGGUUGUAUUGACUGCGAUGGACAAAAUUGAAGCAGCACUUGUUGAAGUUCUAGAGCGUUAUGUCAGAAAAAUGCGGGAUGAGAAUUGUAUCUGGAAGUAUUUUUGUGGAGCCAAGGGAUGCGAAAAACUUUUUCAUGCUCCUGAGUAUGUUCACAAGCAUCUGAACCUCAAGCAUCCUGAUUUGGUCUCUACUUUGGCAUCAAGAGUUGAAAAUGAUAUAUAUUUCCAGAAUUACAUGAAUGAUCCAGAUGCUCCAGGAGGAAAACCAUUUAUGCAGCAAACGGUACCUGAUAGAAUGAGACAAAGACUGGAUGAACAGAUGUUUGAUGCUUCUGGUGUAUGGGGUUCACAUGCUCCACUUCUCCCCAUGUGUGCACAUUCACUAGUACUAAUACCUGUGCCUGGUGCUGGCCCAUAUGGUCCAUUUGUUCCUGCACCUCCAGAGAUAGCCAUGCAGAUGAUUCAGAAAGGACUUGCAGGACCAGAUUCUGCUCAAAACAGGAAGCCUUCGGUGCUGGGACCAAUGCUGCCCAUGUACCCAUCAUUUCCGCUUGGUAGUGGCAUUUACAGGAGUUAUGAAGACCUUGACGCUCCUAUGGAAGAAGUCUCCCCUCUUGACUUUAGAAGUUUGUAGAGAAUUUCCCGUUCCCCUUGCUAAUUGUCCUGAUAAGCAGAGCUAGUUCACACGGAUAGAAAAGGCAUUACUUACAUGAGGGCAGGUUACAUAGUAAUACUGAGGCAUGAAAAAUAGGAAAGUUUUUUAUGUGCUAUCAUGUUCUAUAGGCUGUAGCACGUCCUCCGCUCAUAUAUGGAACUUUAGAUAGCAAAUACUUCUGCAAAGGUUUACGGUUGUGUGGUUCACUCCUGUGUUCACUCAGUUAAGUGAAACAGAAGAACAUGGUUCAGACUGCUUGCAGUUUCUGCUGGACGUCUGAGGGAAAAGUUUCUUUUUUUGACCCGACAUGAUAAAUAUGAAAAAGGGAUGCUCAGAAGAGUUAAGAGUAUUAGAUGUACACUCAGUCUGUUAUGGUUCGGCUGUGAAUGGUGUUUCCUAAGGGAGGCUAAUAAUUAUUUUAUUCUGGCAUGGCACGAUUAUGCCUAAUGUAAUCGAAUUGGUA